ACUUGCUUGAUUGCAAUUUCUUGUGUAACUAAUAAAGACACAAACCCAAAAGAAAUAGAGAAAGCACUGAUAAUUCAGAUUUUUUCUUUUACCUAUCCUUUAUUGUUAUUCCCGUUUAUAUUGCUCUCUUUUAUGAAUAUAACAAUACUCGUAAAAUUUUAGUAACUGAUAUUAAACAAUUUCGAUUAUCCCUCACCCCUAGUGAAGGAAUGAUAAAACUUUUUAAAUUUUCAUUUAAUAAUAAUAAUGAUAACAAUAAUUCAAUAAUAUAUCAUCUUGGUGGAGUUGUUACUUUUUUAAAAGAUUCCUCAAAGGAUAGUGCAACUCUUAUCUGCAUGAACUGUGUAAAGAUACAAAAGAUUAAUAUUAAUCUAGAUAAAAAUAUUUCUGUAUCAAAAGAAGGUACUUAUUUAUUGCCUGAAAAUUUAUUUAAAAAACUGGAAAGUUUUGAGUAUUUAAAAUGCAGUUGGAAAUAUCUUUUAAAAUCUAGAUUUCAGAAUUAUUUAAUGGUAGAUACAAGCAAUCAUCAAAAAAUAAGCAUUGAAAUAUAUGAUAUUAAUAAUUUACAAUUAGUGAAUGUUUUUUAUAGACAUCGUGAAGAAAAUUUUUUUAUUACAAAUAAUAACGAACCUGGAAUUUUUGCGAUAUCAACUGAUUCAAGAUUAUUUGUUUAUUCUUAUGGUGAUAAAAUUAUUACACUUUAUUUAAUGGAAAGUGGUCUUGAAGUUGUUUCAAAAAUAUUUGACAACAUUUAUAAAAUUAAAUUUAUAGAAUUUAUUGAAAAAGAUAAAAAAUUAUUCAUUAUUGAAGAGGAUAAAGAACAUGAUGUGAAAUUUCAUAUUUGGAUUAUAUCAGGAUGUUUAAAUGAUUAUUUUUCUAUUUCUAAAGAUGACAUUGGUUUAUCAGAUAGUAAUAUUUCUAUUCUGUCGAAAUAUGAUGAGCAUCAUAAUACUUUGACAAAGGCAAAUGGAAGAGUAAUUUUUUAUAAUAAAGUUGAUGAGAAACAGUUCAGUAUUGUACACGAGGUAUCAAUAAAAAGGACAACUUUUGGAGAAAAUGACCCCGUGAUGACUGAUGAGCAUGAAUAUCAAUCAUGUGAUCUAGAACCAUGGAAUAAUAAUGAAAAGAUUAUUCACGGUAGAUUUCUUAAUAAUGACAAAAGAUUUCUUCUAUUAAUUGGUCAAAAUAGUAUUCAAUUAUGGAAAUCUAAAGCUAUAAAUUUUAUGGAUUUUAAUAAUUUUAAAAAUUUUGAAAAUUCGAAUCUUGUUUAUAUUUUAAUAAGCGAUAAAAUCAAACCAGAAACCAAAGUUAAAUUCUUAAUUGAAGAUGAUAUUACUACUGUGAUAAUUCAUGCAUGCAAGUCACUUGUUUAUCUUUAUAAUCAUAAACAUGUAAGAAGUAUCGAAAAAUAUCAAAAGUUUGUUAGUGGAAUCACAAAUAUUAUCAAAGAUUUUAUUAAAAGAUAUCCUGAUAAUUGGAAACUUAUGGAGGUUCAAUACCCUUUAAUGUCAUACCUUAUUUGUUCCCAUUCAUUUUCUUUAAUUAAAUAUAUUCUGUUUGGCGUUAAUGGUCAAACCACUGAAAAGUUACAUAAACCUCAAAAUGAUUAUGCUUCUUAUCCUUAUUAUAAUGAUUUGGAAUUAUGUGAUGAUUUGGAAUUAAAUGACAUAUAUUUAAAAUCGGCUAACGAUUUGACAUUAGCUUUAAAAUUUCAUCAAGAUCGAGAUUCUGUUAUGUUAGCAUAUUUACUGGAAUAUUAUUCUGAAAAUUCUAUGAUUCAUAUUGGUUGGAUGAUUAAUGUUACAAAUAUACUUCCAGACUUGUCAAAAUUAUCUAAUCAUGAUUAUUACGGUAUAUAUUUUUAUUUUUCAUUAAAUUAUUUAUACUUUUUUAUUAAAGAUGCUAAUAAUUAACUAUAAGGUAAUUAUAUGGAUUUAUUAUUUUAUAAACCUUGUUUUGGAGAAAUGAAAUACAAUUUCCCAAUUAAAAGAUUCCGAGCAUUAUCAGUGUGCCAGGGUACAUUAAAAGUAUUUGUACCACUUAUUAAUCUUAUAUCAACAAAUUCCUCGGACUUCUUUUCAUAUAAUAAAAUGAGAGGGGAUAUAUUACCUGAUAUUUAUAUGGUUCCAUUUCCAAAUUUUACAACUCGUGAUACAAAAAUUGAAGGAAAAUCCAAAAAGAAAGGAAUUGUACAUUUUUUGAGAAAGACAUUAUUUCCACCUGGUUAUAAGAAUUUAGAAGAUAAAUAUCUCAGUCCAUUUCUUCAAAUUAACAAGAGUAAUGAAGCAUUUUUUACUAUUCCAGCUA